ACAUUCACCUUUUUUCUAACCUCAUUUAUUUUUCUCUCAGUUUGUUCACAGUUUGCCAAGGGAGUGUAUGCCAUAUUCGGGUUCUAUGACCGGAAGACAGUCAACAUGUUGACAUCAUUUUGUGGUGCUCUUCACGUCUGCUUUAUAACCCCCAGCUUCCCCGUAGCCACUUCCAAUCAAUUUGUCCUGCAGCUCAGGCCGGAACUUCAGGAUGCCCUAAUCAGCGUGAUAGAGUAUUACAAGUGGAAAAAAUUUGUGUACAUUUAUGAUGCAGACCGAGGUUUGUCUGUCCUCCAGAAGGUGCUGGACACUGCGGCAGAGAAGAACUGGCAAGUUACAGCUGUCAACAUUCUCACCACCACAGAGGAAGAAUAUCGUCUGCUUUUUCAGGAUCUAGACAAGAGUAAAGAUCGUCAGGUCGUGAUAGACUGUGAGUCCGAAAGACUGAAUGCCAUACUCACCCAGAUUGUCAAGCUAGAAAAGAACAUUGUUGGAUAUCACUAUAUUCUUGCCAACCUGGGUUUCAUGGACAUUGAACUGCAGAAGUUUCAAGAAGCGGGGGCCAAUGUUACAGGAUUUCAGCUGGUUAACUACACAGACGCCAGGGUAUCGCAGAUAUUGCAGCAAUGGAAAACCUAUGAUGGUCGGGAACAACCUCGUGUAGACUGGAAGAAACCAAAGUAUACCUCUGCCCUAACGUACGAUGGUGUUCGUGUGAUGUAUGAAGCCUUCCAAAAUCUGAGGAAACAAAGAAUAGACAUUUCACGUCGUGGUAAUGCUGGAGACUGCUUGGCCAACCCAGCUGUUCCAUGGGGACAAGGCAUAGAUAUCCAGAGGGCAUUGCAGCAGGUUCGGCUGGAGGGUUUGUCUGGCAAUGUCCAGUUCAAUGAGAAGGGGAGGAGAACAAAUUAUACAUUGCAUGUGCUGGAGCUCAAACAUAAAGGAAUCAGACAGAUUGCUACAUGGAAUGAAGAUGACAAAUUGAUCCCAUUAGCCACUGAUGCCCAAGCAGGAAAUGAAUCCAUAGGGGUUCAGAAUAGGACGUACAUCGUUACCACCAUUUUGGAAGCACCCUAUGUUAUGUACAAAAAGAAUGCUGAUGAAUUUGAAGGCAAUGAUAAGUUUGAGGGGUACUGCGUUGAGCUGGCCCAGGAAAUCGCCAAGCAUGUUGGAUUCAAGUACAAGCUGGAGAUCGUAAAGGAUGGGAAAUAUGGAGCUCGUGAUUCAGACAUGAAGGCAUGGAAUGGAAUGGUGGGGGAGUUGGUGUAUGGGAGAGCGGAUCUUGCGGUGGCCCCGUUGACAAUUACUCUGGUCCGAGAAGAAGUUAUUGACUUUUCCAAACCUUUUAUGAGCUUGGGUAUAUCCAUUAUGAUUAAGAAGCCUCAGAAGUCAAAACCAGGUGUCUUCUCCUUUUUGGAUCCACUGGCCUAUGAGAUCUGGAUGUGCAUAGUGUUUGCCUACAUUGGAGUUAGUGUGGUCCUCUUUUUAGUCAGUCGGUUUAGUCCAUAUGAAUGGCACAAUGAAGAAUUUGAGGAGGGAAGAGAGCCACCUUCUACGGACCAUUCAAAUGAAUUUGGGAUAUUUAAUAGCCUCUGGUUUUCACUGGGAGCAUUUAUGCAACAGGGGUGCGAUAUUUCCCCUAGGUGA